CGCCUCCCCGUGACAGAAUUAAUUUACCGAGAUCCGUCCAGCGCACUCAACCAUGUUAUCCCUAGUUCGAUCUCCGAGCUACGAUACAUCUGAACUUCAGAGGUGAAGCUUGAAGCUAGAAGGGCUCAACGCUCAGCACCCGUUCAGCUAUUGGAAUGCAGAUCGUCCUGGCGCAUCGCAAGACGUCUACCGGGGCUGGGAACCGCGGAAUGGACUGCCCACACGAAGAAUCCAUCGCCGCUGCCUUCAAACGAUCUCCGUCCUGCAUCCGGCGUCGCAAAUUGUCACGGGCGUCGAGUGAUCGAUGUGCUCCGCUUCGGCCGAUGGUGUCCGAUACUGCGCAUCUGCUCACGCCGGACGAACAUCGUCCAGAACGUCGUACGGUGGUUGUAGGUUGAGCAGUCCAGAACGUCGUACGAGGCUUGUGGGCUGGUCCAUACUUAGGUCCUGUGCCAAGUGGUUCGUACGUCAACGGAUGAGCCCUGGGUCCGCAAUGCAGUGAUGUUGUCUGGGAGCGUCGCGGCCGUUCGCCUACGGGCUGAUCAAAGGCGGGGGUCCUUGUUCCCAUGGCCCAGUGCCGAUGUCCGUGCGCACCCCUAUCUCCGUCCACGCUCUGUCCGCACCACGACGACAGUCCCCAUUCCUUUGUUCACCGCGAAGAUGGAUCACUGCCCUCCCGAAAUCGCAUUUCGCAUAUGCGAAUAUGCGUGCAUGGACGACGGCACCACGGCGCGCUCAUUAUCACUUGUAUCGACCUACCUUCACGACGUCUCUCAACCACUGCAAUGGCGCAAUGUGGCCGUCAGUGGGCUCAAGCAAGCUCGUGCGCUCCUUACGGUCCUCGACUCUAGCAAUCAUUCACGCCGAAAGGUCAUUGCCCACCUCCUACUCUCCGACCGCGUGGAGGAAUAUGCGGUUGUUGAUUGGUACCGUCACCGUGCUCCCAGGGACGAAGAAGACGCUCUCAGGCUUCGCGAAUGGAACCACGAACGCGCGGAAUGGAGAGAAGUGCAGAACCGUAUCCUUUCCUACGCUGCGUCCACCUUGAAGACGCUCACUGCCCUCUUCCACGACCCUUACCAGAGUUCCUGGUAUAUUCAAGACGCGCUGAACUUUUCGUAUCCAGUUCUCGAAGAGCUCACGAUCAGAGGAAGUGCCUGGGAACCACGAUUCGCGGACGAUAUGACCCCGGAGACCGAUCACGCAAAUGUUGAUCUGCCCUCCCUCCGCAAGAUUCACCUUGUUGGCACCGGCUCCUUCCAGCGCGUCAUUCGUCAACUCGCCAUUCGUUCGCCAAUCAUCUCGCACCUCCGGUUGACCGGCAUCUCGAGAGAUCUCGGCUUCACCACCAAGCUGUAUGCCGAACUACACGAGCGUGGGCUUGCGCCAUCCUCAUUGGAGGGUGUGAAGUCUUCCUUCCGACGCAGGCUGCAGGGCGAGGAUUCGAUCGUGGCUCGCGAUGUAGACUGGCCCGCGAUCCUGCCCGCAGCGUUGGAGCUCCUAGUGACGCAACCGAUGAGAAUGCCGCCAACUACAGAAUGCCGGUGUUGCUCGGGAUAUGCCGCGACGGAAUGGGUGACGCAUGUACUUCGGGAGAUCGGGAAAGCGCAGGGUAACGCAUCAGACUCGUCGUCGGAAGGCGAAUCCGAGCACAUGCACGAAGGCAAGGGCAGGAGGAGCACCGCCUUCUUGUACCUCCCUGCGGCGAGGGACCUCUACACCUUCGCGGACGCGAAGGGAGACUGGGUUGACGGUUUAUCUGGUGGCGAAGGCUGCUGGGAGGGGAGGCGGGACUUCGACCUUGACCCAUGGUCGGAGGAAUCCGAGCAGGAGGACGGCACGGGUAGCACCGGUAGCUUUUAGAAGGUGGCGCCCACCGUAUUCCUGUAUGCACUGGGGGCUGGCCCUCUUUUCGCUUUUUGGCUUACAAUGCGUCGGUAUAAUGUUAGUGCUGGGUUAAUGAGGGGCAACUUUUUACUGGGAUUGUGUUCACGUUGCUUCGCAUGAACAUUGAAUACAUUGCCCGUCGGUGAUGACCUCCC